AGAGGCCCUGCCUAGAGGAGAACUGAAACUUAGGGUGGGGACUGUAGGAAGGGGCGGAGAGAUCAGGACGCUGCCUGGACGGCUGCUGAGCCGAGGGCUGCUGCAUCCUGGGACAGUCAGCGAGCCGCGCAGGAUGGCAUCAGGCAGGGCACGCUGCACCCGAAAGCUGCGGAACUGGGUGGUGGAGCAAGUGGAGAGCGGGCAGUUCCCCGGGGUGUGCUGGGACGAUGCAGCCAAGACCAUGUUCCGGAUCCCCUGGAAGCACGCGGGCAAGCAGGACUUCCGGGAGGACCAGGAUGCCGCCUUCUUCAAGGCCUGGGCGAUAUUUAAGGGGAAGUACAAGGAGGGGGACACGGAAGGCCCUGCUAUCUGGAAGACUCGUCUGCGCUGUGCCCUCAACAAGAGUCCUGAAUUUGAGGAGGUUCCUGAGAAUGGCCAUAGGGACGGAGCUGAGCCCUACAAGGUGUAUCGGCUGCUUCCGCCGUCAGGGACCCUCCCCGCCCAGCUGGGGACCCAGAAAUCACCAUCAAAGCGACGUCACAAUUCUGUGUCCUCUGAGAAGGAGGAUGAGGGUACCACAAAGAACGGCAAGCUCAGUUCCUCCUUGCUUGAGGACCCCCUCAGAAAUGAGGAGGUGGGGGCCAAUGGGGCAGCAGGCCAUUCAAACUUUGGGAGCGGCGGCGGCAGCAGCCCUGAGCCUCAGGAAGGGACAGACACAACUGAAGCCCCUUUCCAAGGAGAUCAGGUGUCACUGGAGUUUCUGCCCCCUCCAGACUCAGACUACUCGCUGCUGCUCACCUUCAUCUACGGCGGGCGUGUGGUGGGUGAAGCCCAGGUGCAGAGCCUGGACUGCCGCCUCGUGGCCGAGCCCUCGGGCUCCCAGUGCGGAAUGGAGCAGGUGGUCUUUCCCAAGCCUGACCCACGAGAGCCCACCCAACGCCUGCUGAGCCAGAUCGAGAGGGGCGUCCUGGUAGCCAGCAACUCCCGGGGCCUCUUCGUGCAGCGCCUCUGCCCCAUCCCCGUCUCCUGGAAUGCGCCCCAGGCACCACCCGGUCCCGGCCCGCAUCUGCUGCCCAGCAAUGAGUGCGUGGAGCUCUUCAGAACCAACUACUUCUGCAGAGACUUGGCCAGGUACUUCCAGGGCCUGGGCCCCCCACCCAAGUUCCAGGUGACACUGAAUUUCUGGGAGGAGAGCCCCAGCCCCAACCAUACCCCAAAGAGUCUUAUCACAGUGCAGAUGGAGCAGGCCUUUGCCCGACAUUUAUUGGAGGAGACUCCAGAGGAGCAGUCAGCCACUCUGUCCCUGCUGCAGAGCCUGGGGGACCCACUUCCUCCUCUCCUCUCUGUUCCUCCUAUCUCCUUUGAAAGAGACUCAUUCUCCACACUGUUGACCUGCCUCCCUCGGUGAUCAUUCUCAGUGGUUGUCUCUGAUGGUUCUGUCCUUGAACUGACGAUACACCUGGCUGGCAGAGAACUCAGGGGUGAUUUUUAUCCACCCCACCACCUUUUUGUUUUGUUUUGUUUUUUUGAGAUAUGCCUUCUUUCAUCUCUGAGGAACCGACCUGGGAAAGUACAAAUGGUGUGAACUCAGGGGACCUUUCCUCUUCCCCCACCCCUAAAGCCAAGCACUUUAUAUUUUCUUCUUAGAUGUUCACUAGGGAUUUAAAAUAAAACUUUAUUGAAAGAGGA